CUGGAAGAAGCGUAGAAGAAGAGUCACAGUCAGCUGUUCAACUGGGAACAAACAUUUCAACUCGAGAGUUAGAAGAGUGAAAAUAUACAUAUUUCUGAAAACUAAACUCUGUGUCACUUCGGCAGGGAAAUAUUAAAUAUAUAAGCUGUUCUCGGCUUGCAGACAAGCUAGGUAACUUACAUGAAGAAAACAGUUAACGUAAAUAAAGAAGUGAGAGUGUUAAAAAGCAGCAAGAGAUGAACAGAAAAAGAGCCCUGAUCGCAGACACCUUCUGUUUAUCAAAGAGACGCAGAUGUGCCUCUGACUGUGUCACCGGAGACAGUCAAGCAGAUAUCAGGUCGAGCUUGCAGUACCUCAUGACCCUGUUCUCACGCAAGCUCUUCAACGACAGCCUCCCACCAGUGGUCUUAAAACACCAGCUCUACAGUUUACACGAUGACAAAACCUCCGUGGACAAGCAGGUGAACGAGUUGAGGGAAAACGGCGAGCUGUUGAUGUUCCAGCUGGGGUUCGACUCCGAGGCCUUCGCUUUGGUGUUUGCAGAAGAUUACAGAGCCAAAGUCCUGCAGGGGGAAGCGGGGAGAGGAACGCUGGCAACUGUAGAGAAAUUCCUGGCCAAACUCAUUCCCAGCUGCUCCGAUCUGAGUUUCAACAAGGAGAAAAUGCUCAAAGAGUUCCUCUUUACAGACUCGGAGAUAACGCAGCUGGUGAAAUCAGGCGUCCUCACGGUGAGGGAUGCGGGCAGCUGGUGGCUUUCAAUCCCCAACUCUGGCAAAUUCAUCAAGUACUUCAUUAAGGGACGCAAAGCUGUUCUCGGCAUGGUUAAGAAAUCCAAAUACGGUGAAAUCCUCAAGACUGAGUUGGAGGCUCGCCGCACAACUGCGCAGGUCAAGUUCCAGAUGAAGUAUCACGUUCAUGAUAUAAUCGGAGCAGAGUUAGUGGAAUGCAUACAGACAACAUCAGGGACGUUGUUACGAUACGUGGACGGAAACAACAACUAACAGCUCCACUCACUCAACUUCAACUGUACAGAAUUGAAAUGCGAAAUGUAUUUAUUGCCAUAUUCUUUUGGUUACGAACUGCAGAAUAAACCGUGCACAAUAUAGUGAAUAAAAGGUUGCCAAAUUUCUUACGAAAACUCAAGAGAGCCAUUAAUUAAGCCUUUGAGACUGUUUGUUCUUAUGUUGCUUACACCAGUCAUGUGGUAUUUACUGCUUUAGUGACUAGUUUACAAACCCUUACGAUAAUUUAAAUAAUUCUAAUAGUUCAGUGUGACCUUUAGGCUAUAUUGAUGUGUGCAUGUUCAGUAGUCGUAGACCUAACCAGUAAUUUGCUGGUCUAUUGAAAAUACAAACAGGAAGACAGAAGACAAAUGCUGCUUCAUAAGGGGUAUAAUUGAAGCAAAACAGAGUUUUAGGGUUUAAUCUAAAUUUAUUGUAUUUUAUUAUCUCUGUAAAACAAGUGACAUCAUGAAUACCCCUAAAAACAGGGUUACAAUCUGGCAAUGACUGCAGACAGACAUCGCUCGACGGUGAUCACAGAUGACGCACACUCUGUAUUCGUGCCUCAGAACAGUUCAAGUAAGUAUGCAGUCGUGUUAAAUGUCAGAAUACCUUGUACAUGAUGUGCUAUUCCAAUCAAUAAGACAAGCAAUGAUUUCAGGAAAAGAAAAAAAAAAACAUACAUUUGACAAUUACAUGUUAUUAGGACA